AUGGUCCCGGUGCCCAACAGCACGGCGGUGACGUGGGCCGGUGAAUCGGCGCGGCCAGAGCCGGAGCGGUCACCCUGCAUGGUCGGCAUCUUCCCCGUGGUGUACUACAGCGUCCUGCUGGGCCUGGGGCUGCCAGUGAACGUGCUGAGCGCCGUGGCCCUGUCCCGCCUGGCCACGAGGACCAAGAAGUCGUCGUACUGGUACCUGCUGGCCCUGGCCACCUCCGACAUCCUCACCCAGGUCUUCAUCAUCUUCGUGGGCUUCAUCCUGCAGACGGCCAUCCUGGCACGGGCGCUGCCCAGCGCCUUCACCCACGCCGUCACCGUGCUGGAGUUCGCGGCCAACCACGCGUCCACCUGGGUCACCGUCCUGCUGACCGUGGACCGCUACGUGGCCCUGUGCCACCCGCUGCGCUACCGCGCCCUCUCCUACCCGCGGCGCACCCGCAGGAUCAUCGCCGCCGUCUUCGCCGCCGCGCUGGCCACCGGCAUCCCCUUCUACUGGUGGCUGGACGCGUGGCGCGACGCCGACCCCCCCACGGCCCUGGACAGGGUGCUCAAGUGGGCGCACUGCGUCACCAGCUACUUCUUGCCCUGCGGCAUCUUCCUGGCCACCAACUCGGUCGUCAUCCGCAAGCUGAAGCGGCGGGGGCGCCCGGGGGGCUGCCGGCCCCUCCUGAGCAAGAGCACGGCGCUCCUGCUGGCCGUCACCGCCGUCUUCGUGGUGCUCUGGGCGCCCCGCGCCGUCGUCAUGAUGUGCCACCUCUACGUGGCCUCGGUCAGGAGGGACUGGCGCGUGCACCUGGCCUUGGACGUGGCCAACAUGGUGGCCAUGCUCAGCACCACCCUCAACUUCUUCCUCUACUGCUUCGUCAGCCAGACCUUCCGCCGCGCGGUGGGCGAGGUGCUCCGGGCCCACCCCCGGCACGGCCCCCGCCCCGCAAACCCCCGCAUCCCACCCCCAGCCCUGAAACCCCUGGAGCUGCUGGCCGGCACGGCGCUCUGA